CCGAGAGGCUCCUGGCGCGCUAUGUACAGGAUUACUUGGAGUGCGUCGAGUCUUUGCCGCUGGACAUGCAGAGGCUGGCCUCGCUCCUGAGGGAGAUGGACACGCGCUGCCGGGAAGCAUUGAAAGAAAUUGAUGAAGUGUAUGAGAAAUACAAAAGUGAAGAUGAUCCUGCCCAGAAAAAGCGUUUGCAGCAGCAUCUUCAGCGAGCCCUUAUCAACAGUCAAGAGCUUGGCGAUGAGAAAAUCCAAAUAGUUACUCAGAUGCUUGAGUUGGUGGAGAACAGAGCGCGGCAAAUAGAGACCCACUCUCAGUGUUUCCAGGAUCUAUCAGACACUGAAAAGCCAGUUGAAAAGUCAAAAGUGGAUCCAUGUCAGCCAGAGAGAUCUUCACGCAGGCCCCGUAGACAGCGCACUAGUGAGAGCCGUGAUAUAUGCCAUAUAGCAAAUGGAAUUGAUGAAUAUGAUGAGCAGCCACCUAAAGAAAAGCGAUCUAAAUCUGCUAAGAAAAAGAAACGUUCUAAAGCUAAACAGGAAAGGGAAGCCUCACCAGUAGACUUUGCAGUAGACCCUAAUGAACCAACUUACUGUCUCUGUGACCAAGUAUCUUAUGGAGAAAUGAUAGGGUGUGACAAUGAACUAUGUCCCAUUGAAUGGUUUCAUUUUUCAUGUGUUGGACUCACUUAUAAACCAAAGGGAAAAUGGUAUUGCCCUAAGUGCAGAGGAGACAAUGAAAAGACUAUGGAUAAAUGUACAGACAAAUCAAAAAAAGAUAGAAGAUCAAGGUAGUCAAUGCUCUAAAUGCAUUGACAGCUGUAUGAUUUUUAUUAAAAAACUCUUUAAUAAGGAGGGUAGUAUUUUAGAGUAAUGCAUAAACUAUGCAAUAAUUUUUAAAGUGUGUAGAAACUAAAUGGUGUGUUAAUAGAUGUUGGUACUUUUUGUGCUUUUCAAUAUUCUGCACUAAACCAAAUUCUCCAAACAGGGUCACAUGGGAGUAAUACAGAGGGAAUACAAGAGCUCUUGGUUCCUCUUUUUAAUUACAGAAUUAUGGUGAUGCCUAGUGGGAAUGAAUUGAGGGGAUAAUCAUGCCAAGAUGUGUGUAUCUAUUGCAGUUGUAACUUUUGCCCAUUGUAGUUCAUUCUCUUGAGAACAUGUUAGUUCUAUGAUGCUUUUAGUUUUCAGGGUCUUACAGAUGAUAUUUGGAACUGGGAUUUUCAGCUUGGCUUUACAUUUUAAGUCUUUGGAAGUGAAAAACACAUCUUCCCUAACAUGUUUGCAAUAUAAAUCACUAACUUAUUUUAUGUCAAUUAUAUGGUGAGUUUCAAAGACUGUUUAGAAAAAAAUAUAUUAAAUAAUUAAAUAGUGAUGGUUGUGGAGAGGUCUACUCAGCAUUAUUAUUGCAGUCUUGCACUAAGGCAACUUGGGUUUAUUUCCCAUUGUGUUCUUUGACUUUUUACCUCUGUUGUACCAUCUUGUUAGUGACUUCUUGGAUGAUGGAAGUUUUAAAAGUCCAAAGGAUGUGUAAGUAAGAAGUUCAAAGGUUGUGUAAGUAAGAUGUUUCAAGCUAUGGAUAGAUCAUCAGAGUGUUUGCCUGGCUUUCUUGUUUUCCAUGAUUUUAGAGCUGAGCAAUGUACAGUACCACCAAAAAGUAACAACUGCCAUCUUAGAGAAGAAGGAUACAAAAGAUGUAGAUGUAUUAAAAAGAACUAUACCUCUCAAAUAUUGCAGCUCUUAGUAAAAUCUUAACCAUAAGAAAUCAGAACAUCUGUUUACAAGACAUCUAAGACAUCUGUUUAGAAGAGACAAGAAUUCAAGCUGUUUGAAAACUCAGCAUUAGUAACCUAUUAGUAUUUCUGUAAGGUUUGUAUAAUAGGCUACAUCUAAUUGGCAAAGUGUUGAGACAUAAUUGGUCAUAUGCGUGAUUCUACACCCAGCUGAGUAAUAGAGAUGUGUUCCUGCUCUUUAUCAAUUAUCCACAAUUACCUGCAGCAAGUUAAUUGAAACUUUAUAGGACACAAAUAGGAUUCCAGCCAUUAUUUCUUUAAUGAAGUAUUUCAUGUCAAAAUAUGGCCAGCUGAAAUCUUGAGCCAGCCCCAUUUGCCUUAUAUAAUGCCAUAGCUUUUACAGACAGUGCAUUUCUCCAGCCCCACUCCAUUUUGCUUGCAGAUAACUGUUUACGGUGUUAUAAUGUCAGUGUGAGCUAAUAGCAGUAUAGUAGAAGAGAGAGAAAUUCCAGUGUUGAAUUCUUGCAUCUGCAAGAGCAAACACAAUAAUUUAUGUAAAAAAAAUUAAGAUCUCAUCAAUUUUCAGUGACAAGUUGUGAUGCAGAUAUUUCACUUUAAGAUGGGUUUAUGUAUUAAUGAUGACAAACCAGAUACUGUACAACCAACUUAACUGGGAAUGGCUAUUUUUGCGCAUCUAGAUUGUCGGCUGAAUUGUUACUUCUGUGCUUGUUUAUCUCAACCUCAAAUGGUAGCCCAUGAACAUCAUGUUUCCUGAUUAAUCAUGAACUCUCUUCCCAGUAAAAUUAGAGUAGCUUUCUUCCAAGAGUAUCAUGGGUUCUUUUGUGAAAGGGAAACUAAUUUCAGGUUGAUCCUGUAGCUGUAUAUGUGGUUUUAUUUUGAAUAUCUGCUUUCCCCGCCCUCCACUAUUUUGAAAAAGAAUCAUGUAGUAGGGAGGAAAGGUAAGUUCUAAAGUAAUAGCAUGCUGAUGCAUUUUCCCAUCUCUGGAUGAAUGAUACAAAAAAAGUGUAUGUUUUACCAUAAUUUUUAUGCCAGCUGAUUGAGUGAGACCUGGAAGGUCCCAUUGACUGCCUAAGACCAUAUUCUACAUCUUCCAUAAAACAAACUGUAUAUCGGAUCUGUUGUAGCCGCAGUAAUUGUGCAACUAGAUAAUGGUGUGCAUUAAAAUACUGUAUAUCCACA